GGACAAGGUGGGGAGCGAGGGGAAGGCCAGGGGCGGGACGAGCGGAGUCCCCGACGGCGCCCGCGGCGGGCGUUGAGGCUGUCCCAUCGCGGAGCAGCGCAGCGCCCCCCGCUUCCCGCUCCCACAGCCUCGGUGCCCCCGCCCCGCGCCCGCCAUGCCCGAGCAGCUCAGCGUCGCCGAGUUCCUGGCCGUCACCGCCGAGGACCUCAGCUCCCCGCUCGGGGCCGCCGCCUUCGCCGCCAAGAUGCCCCGGUGCCGGGGGGCGGCGCUAGCGCGGGAAGAGAUCCUGGAGGGAGACCAAGCCAUCCUGCAGAGGGUAAAGAAGGCUGUGCGGGCCAUCCACAGCUCUGGCCUUGGCCACGUGGAGAAUGAGGACCAGUACCGAGAGGCCGUGGAGGCCUUGGGCAACAGCCACCUGUCCCAGAGCAGCCACGAGCUGUCCACAGGCUUCCUGAACUUGGCUGUGUUUACCCGUGAGGUGGCUGCGCUCUUCAAGAACCUGAUUCAGAACCUGAACAACAUUGUCUCUUUCCCCCUGGACAGCCUGAUGAAGGGACAGCUGAGGGAUGGCCGGCAGGAUUCCAGGAAGCACCUGGAGAAGGCAUGGAAGGACUACGAGACCAAAGUGACCCGGCUGGAGAAGGAGCGGGAUCGGACCAGGAUGACAGGGGGGAGCCCCGGGGAGGUGGCCCAGGACACGCAGAGGGAGCGGCGCAUCUUCCAGCUGCACAUGUGUGAGUACUUGCUCAAAGCCGGGGAAAGCCAGAUGAAGCAAGGGCCCGACUUCCUGCAGAGCCUCAUCAAGUUCUUCCAUGCCCAGCACAACUUUUUUCAGGAUGGCUGGAAGGCUGCGCAGAGCCUGUCCCCCUUCAUUGAGAAGCUGGCGGCCUCCGUGCACGCACUGCGCCAAGCCCAGGAGGAGGAGUUACAGAAACUGAGCCAGCUCCGUGAUUCUCUGCGAGGGACACUGCAGCUUGAGAACAGAGAGGAGCACCUGAACCGGAAGAACUCGGGCGGUGGCUACAGCAUCCACCAGCACCAAGGCAACAAGCAGUUUGGGACAGAGAAGGUGGGCUUUCUGUACAAGAAGAGUGAUGGGAUCCGCAGAGUCUGGCAGAAGAGGAAGUGCGGAGUGAAGUAUGGCUGCCUGACCAUCUCACACAGCAUGAUCAACAGGCCCCCAGUGAAGCUGACCCUACUGACGUGCCAAGUGAGGCCAAACCCAGAGGAGAAGAAGUGUUUCGAUCUGGUGACCCACAGCCGGACGUACCACUUCCAGGCGGAGGAUGAGCAAGAGUGUGAAGCGUGGGUGUCAGUGCUACAGAACAGCAAGGACGAAGCCCUGAGCAGUGCCUUCCUUGGGGAGCCCAGCGGCAGCCCGAGGCCCUGGGCAGGCGCUGGGCCAGACACAGAACCCCAGGAGCUCACGAAGCUGCUUAUCGCCAAGGUGAAGAGCCAGCCUGGGAAUGGCCAGUGCUGCGACUGCGGGGCCGCAGACCCCACGUGGCUCAGCACCAACCUGGGCGUGCUCACCUGCAUCCAGUGCUCCGGCGUCCACCGCGAGCUGGGCGUGCGCUUCUCGCGGAUGCAGUCGCUCACCUUGGACCUGCUGGGCCCAGCGGAGUUGCUGCUGGCCUUGAAAAUUGGAAACACGCGCUUCAAUGAGAUCAUGGAGGCCCAGCUGCCCUCACACCAUGGCCCUAAGCCCACUGCUGAGAGUGAUAUGAGCACCCGCAGGGACUACAUCGUGGCCAAGUACGUGGAGCACAAGUUUGCCCGCCGCUCCACCCCCGACCCCCAGAAGCUCCGGACAGCCAUUUGCAACAGGGACCUCCUGGCAGUCCUGGAGGCCUUUGCCAGUGGGCAGGACUUCGGUCAGCCACUGCCAGGGCCUGAGGGGCAGAUGCCCGGAGAGUUCGCCUUGCACUUGGCCGUCCAGGUGGCCAGCCAGGCCUCACUGCCACUGGUGGAAUUCAUCAUCCACAACGGCGGUCACCUGGAUGCCAAGGCUUCCGAUGGAAACACUGCCCUGCACUACGCAGCCCUUGCCAACCAGCCAGACUGCCUCAAGCUGUUGCUGAAAGGGAGAGCUGUGGCUGGCACAGUGAACGAGGCAGGAGAGACAGCCCUGGACAUCGCUAGGCGGAAGCAGCACAAGGAGUGUGAGGAGCUGCUGGAGCAAGCACAGGCAGGGACGCUCAGCUUCCCUCUGCACGUGGACUACUCCUGGGGAAUUCCUGCAGAGCCCGGCUCGGACAGCGAGGAGGAUGAGGAGGAGAAGCGCUGCUCUCUGAAGCCCUCGGCCCAGGCCCGCUGGACCAGUGGAAGGCUGGACAUCAGUAACAAGACCUACGAACCCUUCCCCAGCCUGGGACCAGCACUUCCUCAGAGCCAGAGUGACACCUGCCCCCCUCCCUUGCCGGCCAAACACUCUUCACGGUCCGUGGGCCAGGGACGCGCAGGACCUGGCAGUGGAGAUCAUUCUGAAGCACCCAACCUGAACUUGGAGCCCCCCGAAGCCCCUGAGAACCUGGGUAGUCCGGCGUCUUCUUCCUCCAGCCUCACGAGCCUGUUGGAAAUUGGGGGUCUCAGCGCAGCCUCAACUAGUUCCGAAAAUGUCCGGGAAGCCCCAGGCUCCUCCCGGACCAGUGUGACCUCCGGGACCAGCCCUGCAGAGCCACACCUCCCCGUCAGGUUCAGCUCAGAGAGCACACGCUCCUACCGGCGAGGAGGCCGCAGCGUGGAAGAUGGUCCCUCAGCCAGGCAUUCUUUGCCCAGAAGGAAUGCACCGGCCAGCUGCCCUGAAGGAGAUGGCUCAAGGACUGGAGUUCUGUCUGCAAGUUCAGUACAACUUUUGCAAGACUAGCCCCUUGCAUGCCACCUGCUGGACCCCAGCAUUCAGCUCUAGAGCUCAAGCCCACAAAACGGGGGUGAUGGUGCAUUCCUUCCCCCAAGCCUCACUCCCCCUUGUCCUUCUUGGUGGUCUUCUGCAUAGGCCAUGCCCCUGCUGGGGACACUGGACCCUUCCCUCUGGGUAGUGGGGGGCAGGGUGGUGUGGUUCCUUGGCUCUGUCUCAUUACUCUCUGGGACCGGCAAGCCUGUGACUGCCCCUGAGGCCCCUGAGCUAGCUUCACCUACAGAACUCUCAACCCCUCAGCAGACCAAGCCUGCUUCUCCCAGCAAACCCCCAAAACUGCACAGACACGAGUAGGACCAGCCCUCUACCACCAUCUCCCCGUGUCCAGGUUGGGGACUCUGCCAUGCUGGUACCGUUUUUCCAGCCAUCAGGUUGAGUAUUCCUGAAUUCCAGC